AUGGAUGAAUCCGGUGAUCAGCUGGCGAUCGACCCAAAAAGUGGCUUCUGCAAAUCAGACUCUACUUUCUACAGCAAGCGCCCGGGGGUCGCACUUCCCCGUAACCUUUCUCUGGACUUGACAACUUUCAUUUCAUCCCGUCCUCACAAUGGUAAAGUCGCAUUCAUCGACGCCGCCACCGGCCACCAACUUACAUUCUCCCAGUUCUGGCAAGCCGUUGACUCGGUCAGCGAUUGUUUAUACGAAAUGGGAAUCCGGAAAGGCCACGUGGUGCUCAUCCUCUCCCCAAACUCCAUUCUCUUUCCGGUAGUUUGCCAAUCCGUUCUUUCCCUCGGGGCUAUCAUCACCACCACUAACCCCCUCAACACCGCCGGCGAAAUAUCCAAACAACUAUCCGAAUCCCGUCCCGUACUCGCCUUCACCGUCCCGGAGCUCCUCCCUAAGCUUGCCGAAGCCAUCUCAGGUGAUCUCCGUGUGGUCCUGAUGGCCGGCGGCAAUGUGGGAAAUCCGGUUUCGAGUAAACCCAACUUGAGAAUCGUUGGAGACCUGAAGAACAUGAUGAGGAAGGAACCCGGAGAGAUUCGGGUCAGGAACCGGGUGAACCAAAACGACGUGGCGACGCUGCUGUACUCGUCGGGAACCACCGGGGUGAGUAAAGGCGUGGUUUCAACGCACGGGAACUUCAUAGCCGCGAUGCAAACGGUGUCGUAUCGUUUCAAGACGGAAGAGAUUCACAUUGCGACAGUGCCGAUGUUUCACAUCUACGGCAUGGCGGCUUUCGCGAUGGGCUUCCUGGCGAUUGGGUCCACCGUGGUGGUCCUGUCCAAAUUCGACAUGGACGAGAUGCUUUGGGCCGUGGAGAAGUACAGGGCCACGUACUUGCCGCUGGUGCCGCCGAUAUUGGUCGGAAUGAUCAACAAGGCGGAGGAGAUCAAGGCGAAAUACGACGUCAGGAGCUUGCGGACGGUUUUAUGCGGCGGGGCCCCCAUCAGUAAGGACACGGUUGAGGGGUUCGCCGAGAAGUUUCCCGGCGUGACUAUCAUGCAAGGGUACGCGUUGACGGAGUCAAACGGCGCUGGCUCUUCCACGGACACUAUGGAGGAGAGCCGGAGGUAUGGCACGGCGGGGCUUCUGUCGCCGGGGAUUGAAGCGAGGGUGGUUGACCCGGAAAGCGGGAAGGCACUUGGAGUGAAUCAGACCGGCGAACUGUGGAUCCGAGGACCCACCAUUAUGAAAGGUUAUUUGGGGAAUGAAGAAGCAACAGCAUCAACUCUAACUUCAGAAGGAUGGUUAAGAACAGGAGAUUUGUGUUAUAUAGAUGAUGAUGGUUUCCUUUUCAUCGUCGACAGGCUUAAGGAACUCAUCAAAUACAAAGGCUAUCAGGUUGCCCCAGCAGAACUCGAAGCCUUGCUAAUUGGUCAUCCAGAAAUAGAUGAUGCCGCGGUAGUACCGUUUCCCGAUAAGGAGGUGGGACAGUUUCCAAUGGCAUAUAUUCUACGAGCCCAAAACAGUUCGAUUUCAGCUUCUGCAGUGAUGGACUAUAUAGCUAAGCAGGUGGCUCCUUACAAGAGGAUACGACGGGUUGAGUUCAUAUCUUCCAUUCCAAAAAAUCCGUCAGGCAAAAUCCUUAGGAAAGACCUUAUCAAACUUGCCACCUCCCGGCUUUGAAUACUUAUUUCAUUGAUAUCCAUCAACAAUAUUCUUUCUUAAUCUUUGUGGUUCGCAGCUCCCAAGUCGUGGUUUGAUGAUCAAAUUGGAAGACGGCCCAGAAAGCAAAAUCUGUAUUAAUUUCAGGCCAUAGAUACAAUAUUGUACUUUUUUUUUUUUUUUGCCCGAAUAUUUUGAGCUUAACCAACUUUAUGAAAUAAGAAGAAGAAAAGAAAUAAUUUCAAAAAAAAAAAAAAACGUGUACUCCCUCCAUCUCAUAAUUAUUGUCUAGUUUAGGUUUUUAUUUUUAGUUCAAAUUACACUAAAUAUAAAAUCUCUAAUUGGACAAUAAUUUAGGACAGAGGGAGUAAAUCUUUUAGAAGUCCUCUGGUAGGAUUCCGCUUGAUUUUUUAUUUUAUUUUUUCUUUUUUAUCACAUCAAAGAGGCAAAAUCGCCUAAUGUCAAACAUGUAUAUUACAUAGUAUGUUAGAUGAUGAUGUUGCAGCCACGGUUUAGCACUUCAGCUAUUGAUUAAUCAUUGAGAUUGGAGGCCAAGGCCUACUUUUUUCAUCUGAACCUUCAUUUGAUGAUUGCGGAUAUCAUCAACGGGCCAAGGGGAGAUGAGCAUCACUUCGAAGAAUGUGAUUGUAUUUGGAAUCUAUAUGUAUAUGAAAUCACCAAAAGUACCUAAUUUAUUUUCUUCCGCCAAAAAGUAACACCAAUAUUUAAAAUCUUUGAAACUGAAAAUCACAGAUGAUAGUGUGUUAGUCUUUUUCUCUUUGUUUUUUGGGGGGUCGCGAGCAGGUUUGUGCGUGGAUAGCAGCGGCGGGUUGACAUUUUCUACGUUCCAA